AUGGCCUCUUACCGGAAUAGUGAUGGAUUGGCUCCUUCUAGGAAACGGUUACAUUUUCGGGCCUUUGCGGAUAAGAACUCUUUUCUUUUUGGUAUGAUCCUGGUAUUUCCUUCGUCCGGAGCUAGUGAUCGCCCAGUUUGGCGUCUCUUUUAUCUUUCUGUUGAUGGGAUUAUCAAUUUCUGCACUUUCGGAGUCUGGCCGUUUUUAGUGGGAAUUCCGCUGACAAAAGCAUGUACAUGGCUUCUCCCAAAUGCUUUGCCAAAGCCCUUGCUUGAUGGCUUACUUAUUCUAUCAUGUUUGCCAACAACUGUGAAUAUGUGCGUCAUAUUGACUUCGGCGGCGGGCGGCAAUGUCGCAUCGUCGGUCUGCAACGCUGUACUUAGCAAUUUGAUGGGGAUAGUUGUGACUCCCGCAUUGCUCUUCCACUUUUUUGGAUCCAGCAUCCAGUUACCCUUUCUGGAGAUGUGUCUCAAACUCUGUGGCAAAAUAUUGGUGCCGGUUGCUCUUGGACAAUUGCUGCGCUCUACUAUCGCUGGCGAAUUCUCUCAGAAAUACUCGGGAUUCUUCAAGCGGUCUCAGGAGUUUGCCUUGUUGAGCAUUCUGUGGAACUCGUUCUGUACAGCUUUUGUACAGGGUUUCGGAAUCGAAAUUCGUCAUAGCCUUACGCUACUUGCGCUUUUGCCCACUUUGCACGUUGCGUCGCUUGCUACCUUGUUCAAAAUCUUUUCGAUACCUGCUAUUGGCCUAUCUCGCAGCGAUGUUAUUGCUGGCAUGUUUGUGGCUUCGCACAAGACGUUGGCGUUUGGUUUGCCGCUCAUUAGUACGGUUUUUGCGGGGGAUGUCAACCUUGCGGCCUACUCUGCCCCUAUCAUGUUAUUGUUCCCCCUGCAACUCAUUAUUGGUUCCUUGCUAGUCCCUCAACUAGAAAUUUACACUGCAAAGUUAUAG